GAAUCAUUGGAAUCGAAAGGUCUCGAUAUCGAUGGACAUCGAGAUAUCGAUGACUCCGUCUGCAUCUCUGGCCAUGUUCUCGCGCGUCGUUGCACGUGUAAGUGUACGCUGUUGCCUUGUGAGUCAGCAAAAAGAGAAGGGUGUCGGUCUGUUGCUGCGGCUGUUGAGGGCGAGUGUCAUCGGAAGGAGCGAAGCGCGUUCUAGCACGAGUGUAUCUGCGUGUGAGGCAAGCGAGGCAAUCAUGUCGGGCGAUGAGAAGAAGCCGUUUCGCCGUCUGCCGUUGUGCGUGCGUCCCUAUCACUACGACAUCUCGUUGACGCCGAACCUUGCCACCUUCACCUUCGACGGGACGGAAAGCGUGCACCUCGAUGUGGAGCAGACGACUGAUACCAUUGUAUUGAAUUCCUUGGAAAUUAAUAUAAAAAGCGCAACUUUUAAUGGAAAUGAUGGUAAGGCCAUUUCUGCUGACAAAAUUGAACUGUCCGCAUUGGAAGAAACAGCCACGUUGGUGUUUCCUGAAAGUCUGCCACUUGGUAAAAGUGGAUACCUGAAUAUAGAUUUCAUAGGCGACAUCAAUGACAAAAUGAAGGGCUUUUACAGAAGCAAAUAUACCAGAGAGGAUGGCACUAUUGAACAUGCAGCAGUUACCCAAUUUGAGCCAACAGAUGCUAGACGUUGCUUUCCAUGUUGGGAUGAACCAGCACUCAAAGCUACAUUUGAUAUUACAUUAAAAGUGCCAACUGGUCUCACAGCACUUUCUAAUAUGCCUGUGAAAAGCAAAGUCACGAACGGCAAGUACGAGAUAUUGACUUUCGAAAGAACACCUAUCAUGUCAACAUACUUAGUAGCUGUAGUGGUGGGUGAAUUUGAUUACAUAGAAGAUAAGUCUAGUGAUGGUGUGUUAGUUCGAGUUUAUGUGCCCAAGUCCAAGAAGGAGCAGGGCCAAUUUGCAUUAGAAGUAGCCACAAAGGUAUUGCCCUAUUACAAGACUUAUUUUGGAAUUGCGUAUCCUUUGCCGAAAAUCGAUCUCAUAGCGAUCGCCGAUUUUUCGUCCGGUGCUAUGGAAAAUUGGGGACUGGUUACAUAUCGUGAGACCUGUCUGCUCGUGGAUCCGCAAAAUACAUCGGCAGUGCGGAAGCAAUGGAUCGCAUUAGUAGUAGCACACGAAUUGGCACAUCAAUGGUUCGGUAAUCUUGUAACGAUGGAGUGGUGGACGCAUUUAUGGCUGAAUGAAGGCUAUGCAUCGUUCGUAGAGUUCCUUUGUGUCGCCCAUCUAUUUCCAGAAUAUGACAUCUGGACGCAAUUCGUGACAGAUACGCAUAUUCGAGCGUUAGAGCUGGAUGCACUAAAGAAUAGUCAUCCGAUCGAGGUUCCGGUCGGUCAUCCGUCAGAGAUUGAUGAGAUCUUUGAUGACAUAUCGUAUCAUAAAGGUGCAUCCGUGAUUCGUAUGCUGCACGCAUAUAUAGGUGAUGCUGACUUUAGAAAGGGCAUGAAGUUGUAUCUGGAGAGACAUAGUUAUGCCAACGCAGAGACCGAGGAUCUUUGGGCCGCGUUGGAAGAAGCCAGUAAUAAGGCUGUGCGCAGAGUGAUGUCUUCGUGGACUAAAAGACAAGGUUUCCCUGUCGUCAAGGUCGACUAUCGUCAAGAGAAUGGAAACAGAAUCCUGUCAUUGUCUCAGGAGAGAUUUCUGGCUGACGGAUCGGUGGACAACGACGUGGACAACACGUGGCUCAUACCGAUAAGCGUGAGUUCGUCUCAAAAUCCGAGCAAAGCAAUAUUCGACGGCAUUCUGGACGCGAAAACGAAAGAAUUUGUCAUCAAAGAUGUUCCCGAGGGUACAUGGUUGAAAAUCAAUCCUGGUACAAUUGGCUUCUACCGGACUCGUUAUAGUCAAUCCGCUCUAUCACUUUUGUUACCUGCAAUCAAAGAUCACACGUUACCUCCUCUGGAUAGAUUAGGUUUAUUGGAUGAUCUCUUCGCAAUGGUACAAGCCGGUCAUGCGUCUACCGUAGAAGUGCUCGAUCUCAUGCAAGCGUUUUUACACGAAGAUAAUUAUACUGUGUGGUCUACUAUAGUAAAUAUCUUGAGUAAAAUUAAUAUUCUUAUCUCGCACUUAGAUUUUGAAGAUUCUUUCAAAGCGUUUGGACGUAAUCUAUUUCGCGAUGUGAAUAACAGAUUAGGCUGGGACCUUCAACCGAAUGAAAGUCACUUAAACACUUUACUUAGAUCGCUCGUGUUAGGUCGUAUGGCGGCUUUAAAUGAUCAUGAUACCAUUGAAGAAGCGAAAAGAAGAUUCGAACUUCACGUGAAUGGUAUCAAGACACUUGCUGCCGAUUUGCGCAGUCCAGUUUAUCGAGCUGUGCUCUCCGUAGGCGAUGCCGAUACUUACCAAACUAUGAUAAAAUUGUACAAAGAUGCCGAUCUUCAGGAAGAGAAGGAACGGAUUCUGCGAGCACUCGGUGCAAUCAAGGAUAAAGUGCUGCUGAGAAAAGUCUUGGAUUUUGCUAUGAGUGAGGACGUCCGUGCUCAGGAUACUGUAUUCGCAAUCAUGUCAGUGGGUCUGUCAUAUAGAGGACGUCUUAUGGCAUGGAACUUCUUCAAAGAAAAAUGGAAGACCUUAUUAGAUCGUUAUGAAGGCGGUUUUUUGCUCGCGCGAUUGGUCAAAUUCACUACGGAAAACUUUGUCACCGAAGAGCAAGCCAAAGACGUAGAGAGUUUCUUCGAGAGUCACCCGACACCGGGCACAGAAAGAACUGUGCAGCAGUGCGUGGAAUCCAUCAGACUAAACGCCGCGUGGCUCGCCCGAGAUAAAAACUCAAUCAAAGAAUAUCUUACAACUAAAGUCUAAUAUAUAAAAAUAGUUUUUAUUUUUUUCUGUUACCUUAUUUGAGAAUCAACAUAAUAGGUUUGUUUUUUUCAGUUGCAUUAGUUCUGAACUAGAACUGACGAGUACAGUGAAAAUUUCAUAGGUGCAGAAAUAUAGAUAGAAACGAAAAGAACACCACAGAGUGCAGAAAUUAACAUGGCGCAACAUGUGAUUCCAGAUAUGCAACACCCCUUUUCUCCAUGUCGAUAAAACUUUUUUUUUUUAUACAACUAAAAA